AAUAAGGGGGCAAUAGAGACGAAGUAAAAGUACAACAAAAUGGCUACGAGCGAUGAUGAACAUUUGCAUCUUUAUGAAGUUUUUCAAAACUGUUUCAACAAAAUUGCCAACAAGCAGCCAGGUCCCGAUAAGACAGGCUUUCAAGCGCCAUACGGGAUGCAAAAUGGAGCCUACACCCCCGAUGAAUUUAUGCACGAGGGUGCUUCGACUUCCGUAAGAUAUACGCCGCCAAAGCCCGGAGGUAGCAAUGCGAUGUACUCAAAUGAGCCAUAUUACGACACAAACGGAUCAUGGUAUUCGCCGCCCGGAGGACCCUCAAACUAUGGCGGUGCUCCGCAUUCUUCAGCGCCAUAUCAAAAUGUACAUCCAAAUCAUGAACAUUAUUCCAUGUCACCCGGAAUUGGCCAUAUGGAUUCACACAUGGGACAAAAUCCAACACAUUCGUUGCCGCCCAUGAGUUCCUUCAGAGGUGUGCCAUCGAGCAAUGAGGUAUCUCUAAAUAGUCAGGGGCCCAAUUCCCCCGGCAUCUAUAACUCUCCAGUUGUGAACCAUUUGCAUAACCAACAUUCGCAGGCGAGUCCCAUAGUACAAAAUGAUACUCUUGUUGGUAAAGCUUUGCAAACGAUGUAUCCAACUGAUCCGAGCAUCAGCAGUUACGGAUCAAACCCAUCUACGCCAGUUAAUUCUCCGCCGCCAUUGAACCCUCAAGUCGCAGCAUCAAUUCAUCCCGGAAACAAUGGAGCAGGAAACAGUUGGCAACAAAUUGCUCCGAUGACGGGCCCAACAAUUCAACCACAAAUCCCAUCAAUUCAAAGCCCUCUUUACACAAACGAAAUUGUGCCACGUGGAAUGCAUUUGACAAAUCCGACAGACCUACAACCGUUGGAUGAUGCUUUUGUUUUGCUUCGUGAUCAUUCUGAAAACACAACGGGAGCACGAAUGGAGGAGAGACUUGACGAUGCCAUAAAUGUGUUACGAAAUCAUUGCGAACCCCUUGGCAUCGGAAAUUUGGAUGAUGCUGCGCCAUUCGUUGGAACAUCGAACAUCAUUGGUAGCCAUACAUUGCCGGAGAAUUGUAGCGGAGCAGAAGGAAAUGCAGUUAAAAUGGAAAGACUUCCUGUACCUUUAUCAAACUCAAAAAAACGAAAGGAUUUAGAUCCUGACGCAAAACCAAGCAGUUCAGUUGAGGGCUCAGCUAAAGGUCCCGGCAAAAAACAGAGGCGAUACAAAACAUCAAGAAGUUGCUCGAGUGCUGAUGAAGACGAUGAUUGCGGCGGAGAUCCUGUCUUAAAAGAUCGUCGAGAGCGUGAACGAAGACAAGCCAAUAAUGCACGUGAAAGAAUAAGAAUUAGAGACAUCAACGAGGCACUCAAGGAACUCGGAAGAAUGUGCCAAUCUCACUUGAAAUCUGACAAGCCACAAACGAAAUUGGGCAUCUUAAAUAUGGCCGUUGAAGUUAUCAUGAAUUUGGAGCAACAAGUUCGAGAACGCAAUUUGAAUCCUAAAGCAGCCUGUCUCAAGCGCCGCGAAGAAGAAAAGGCUGAAGAUGGAAGACCUCCCGCUCAUUUAUUACAACCAGCAUCCUAUGCGACUUUUCCCGGUCCCCCGCCAAUCUUGCCUCACAACAACAAUCCACCACAAUAGCAGUUUAAACUUAUCUGAUAAGCAAAAAAAAAUAAAUAAUUAAAAGAAAAAAUCUUAAAAAAUCGAACUGUGUAAAUAAAUUGUAACAAAAAAUUGUUUUUUAGAUAAUUAUGAUCUUUAUAUAAUGAAUGAAAAUAAUGCAUAAACAAAAAAGUAUAAAAAGGAUUCAUGUCGUAAUGCUUAAAAAUAAUUUUAGAAAAUUGCUCAAACUGCUAAAAAAACAUAUGAUGCUACAAAUUAUAGUUUUGUUAAAAAAAAAAUAACAAAAUAGGUAAUGCUUACCUUAAAACUUAAUUAACAACACACACACUCCCAU